ACGUUGCGCUUUAUAUCGUUAAUAUUCAUUAUUGUGCGUUACAGUGACAUGUGGUGUGUGCAGCAAUAUCACAAAAAUCUCCGGCCACUAUAAUUAGAGUGUAAUAUCAUAUGUGAGACUUAGUCAGUUAGCAUCUUUUCUGUCCAAAUCAGCCCAAUUUCUAGGCUGAUUUUGAGGUUACGUAUUGGUUGUUCCGUUUCAGGCUUAGCGGCCGGAUAUUUUUACAAGUAUGCUGAAUUAAUCACGAGUAUCACCUUGUGCAUAUGUGUUUUUAUUUCCAUACAGAGCGCAACGUAAAUGUGCAUGAUUUCUCGCCUCUAACGUCAUAAACAAAGAUGGCCGCGGCGAGGACACAGCAGCCUUAAAUAUAAAUAUAUUUAUUCUUGAAAUAAAAACAUAUUAUAAAAGGCUAGCUGUUAACUUUAAAUGUGAUUUGUUUUGUCCUGUAUUAAAAUACGCGCUUUUUAUAUUAACCAAGUGAAAUAUAUGAUAAAACCAUAUUUAUUGUUGCAUUAAUGUUAUGUAACAAGAACAUAUUUUAUAUAUACAGAGUGUAACAGAAUAUGCGUGGACAUAACUUCAUUGGUGGAUUUACUAAAAUAAGGACACGUACUGAAAUAAGAAGAAAAGUUUAUAUAAAAAUCAGAAGAAAUAAGAAGAAAAAUUUAUAUAAAUUGUCCUGAAUCUAGCAGUGAAGUUAUGCCUACGUGUUCUGUUACACUCUGUAUAAUGCAUAAUAUUUAAAAGUCCCAAUAUUGUUUUUGUGUGCAGUAAUAUGCAAUUGCGAGCCGGUGAGCUUGCCGUUGAUAAGCUUGAUAUGAUAGAAGACACAAAAGGCAAUGCAGGAGACCUAGGACGGUUGAUUGUUACAAACUUGAGAAUCAUAUGGCAUUCUUUGUCUUUACCGCGUAUCAAUUUAAGUAUAGGGUACAAUACAUUCAUAACUGCAAACACGAAACUUCUUCAUACGAUUUAUGGUGGAUAUAUACAAGCUCUCCAUAUAUUGACGUCAUUUCGAAAUUGUCGAUACGAAUUUAUAUUUACAAAUCACGAUGUCAAAAGUACGAGACACUACACCUCGGUCAUAGGUGUUUACAGAGCUUACGUGUCGUCGAAGAUAUACAGAGAAAUUAAAUUGAGAAGUGGAAUUAUCCAUGAGAAUCAACUGACCUUGUUACCUCAGGAAAAAGUGCAUUCUUCUGUGCAAGAUGUUUGGAACUUAUCCAUUGAACAGGGAAAUAUCGGAACUUUUAUUAUAACAAAUAUACGUUUGGUGUGGUACGCAGAUGUGAAUCAUCAGUUCAAUGUUUCGAUACCUUAUCUUACAAUUGGAAACAUUACUAUUAGAACAUCGAAAUUUGGACCGACUUUGGUAAUUUUAAGUACAGAGGUCAGUGGAGGAUACGUUUUAGGUUUCCGUGUUAAUCCUUUACAGCAGUUACACAUUACUCACAAAGAAAUUUCGAUACUUCGUUCGGAAUUCGAAAAAUUUCCUAUUUUUGGCGUAGAAUACACGUUUGAACACGAGGCACCUGUACAACAGGAGAUUAAUGUCGAACAUUUCACUGAGAUACAAGAUAAUCAAGCUGAAAUAUCAAAUAUGUUCGGUUAUUAUUUCUCUGAGGGAGAGACAGGUCAGAGAAAGCCUAAUUUUUCGAUUAACUUCGGACUCGCAGCAGAGGAACCAAGGGAAGGCAGUACGUUGCAGAGUUUAUGGGAACUUGUGCCACCAUCUGCUAAUUAAUUAAUUUUCGAAGACGUACACAGUUUAUUCAGAAAAAAAGGGGAGAUUUUAGCAUUUUAUUAUAAACUGUGUCCACUGCAUAUUUAUACUUAUACUGCGAAAGCAUCAUUUAGUAACUAUAUAUAAAUUAUUAUAAAAUUUCUGAAAUCAAGGGAUACAUUCACAACGGAUGUUAAUAUUUAUAAAUCAAUAAUUUCUGGCGCAUCUUAUCGCAAAAAUGCAAUGGAAUAAAACUGAAUAUCAAUUCUUGUUUUAAAGUCUUUCUCAAAAAACUUUUAUGACAAAACUGUACAUAUGAAGCUUCUAGCAACCAUUACUUACAAGAGAAUCUCGCAAAACCGAAAAUUCUGAUUUUAUAAUAAUAAAACUUGACACAACUUGUAAAUUGUAAAACGUAAAGGCAGGAAAUUGUAAAAAACGAGAGUAAAUAUUUUGAUGACUGAAUUGUAUUGCAUAUAAUUAUAAUCCGUUAUGAACAUACGAAUGCAUAUAUGGAAUAAAAAUAUAUUAACUUUAAGAAAUUAUAACACAAUCGAUACUUUUCCAUAUCAGGAGUAAAGUUUUGAAAAUAAUUGUUAUUAAGAUAAAUGGCGUAGUUAAACAAUUUUGUAUAAAACAUUUUCGAUAUUUCGUAUAGUUUACAUGACAUAUCGAAAAAAAGACAAAAGCUUUUGUACCUUUGAUGGAUGAUUUUAUCUCUUAUUAUUUUUCAGCAACAACUAAACAUUUGUAAAUUUACCUAUUUAUCUACAAUCUACAUUUAUGCCAAGUUUGAUUAAAAUUCACUAAAUAUU